AUGGCUUCUGCCAUUCUAGUCUCGUUCGCCUUGGCCUUCGGCUUUGUCCGCGGCCAGGCACCGCAAGGCGAUGUUGAACCCAUCUCGCAGUCUUGGGGCCAGCUUUCACCUUUCUUCUCGGUGCCAUCUGAGAUUAGCGCAGCCACGCCCCCCGGCUGCGAGAUCACCUUCGCACAGGUCCUGUCGCGGCACGGCGCUCGGGAUCCUACCGCCGGCAAGACAGUGAAAUACAAGGCGCUCGUCGACCGCAUCCACGCCAACGUCACGAGCUACGGCAAAGGUUACGAGUUUAUCAAGACCUACAAUUACACUCUUGGCGCCGACCAGCUCACAUCUUUCGGCCAGAAGGAGCUUGUCGACUCGGGCGUGGCAUUCUACAAACGCUACCAAGCGCUCGCCGCCGUGAACGACCCCUUCAUCCGAGCCUCCGGCCAGGAGCGCGUGGUCGAAUCUGGCCUAAACUGGACGCAAGGUUUCUACAGCUCCAAAAUUGCCGAUGGCCACACGGGGGGCGGCGGUGGCAUCGCGGGGGCCGUGAAAAUCAUCCCCGAGACCAAGGGUUUCAACAACACGCUGGACCACGGCCUCUGCACUGCCUUUGAGGAUGGCGCAUACUCCAAAGUCGGCGACGAGGCGCAGGCCCCGUGGCGUGACAUUUUCACACCUCCGAUCACGGCCCGGCUUAACGAGAACCUGGUUGGCGCGAACCUGACGGCGGCGGACACCAUCAACUUCAUGGAGCUGUGCCCGUUCAACACGGUGGUUGAGGGCACGCAGUCGCAGUUCUGCAACCUCUUCACGUUGGAGGAGUGGAAGAGCUACGAGUACUACGAGACGCUGGGCAAGUACUACGGCUACAACGCGGGCAACCCGCUCGGGCCGACGCAGGGUGUGGGCUUCACCAACGAGCUUAUUGCGCGCCUGACGCGGCAGCCCGUGGUGGACCACACGUCGACUAACUCGACGCUCGAUUCGGACCCGGCAACGUUCCCGCUCGACAAGAAGCUGUACGCCGACUUCAGCCACGACAACGACAUGAUGACUAUUUACGGCGCUCUGGGCUUGUACAACGAGACGAAGCCGCUGUCCAAGACGGAGCUGACGCCUGUGUCAGAGACCAAAGGGUUCACGGCGAGCUGGACGGUGCCGUUCGCGGCGCGCAUGUACGUGGAGAAGAUGAAAUGCGACGGUACGGACGAGGAGAUGGUCCGGGUGCUGGUCAACGACCGGGUGGUGCCGCUGGUCGGGUGCGGCGCCGACGACCUCGGGCGGUGCCAGCUACGCUCGUUCGUGGAGAGCAUGGGGUUCGCGAGGAGCGGAGGGCUCUGGGAUCAGUGUUUCGUGUGA